AGGCCGAAUCGCGUGCGGAUGACGGCUGCUGCUGGCGAGCAGGCGGGCGGGUGGACAGGGGGUAUCAGCGGCGCGCACGACGAUGCAGUGGCGACGUCGCCGCCGUUGAGAGCUCGCGUACGGCUCUCGGAGGCGAUCUCGUUAUACUGCCUCGUCCGCUGGCCGGACCGAUCCCUCUUCCCCGAGGCAGCGGGCACCGCGCGUUCGCCUUUGCACGACGCUGUUCCGGGACGACGAGCGACCGCGCCAUGCGGCGGCGGUGUCGGGCUCGUCGCACCAGGACACCGACACGUACGGAGCGCGGCUUCAGGACGACAAGAGGAUGCCCGACGGCGCCGAGACGUCGCAUCCGGACGAGACGUCGGCCAAAGUCCUGCUGCUGCGACGAUGGAGCGAAAUGCCGCGGCACCUUCAAUUUAAUCCCCACAUCCUCACCGGCUACAGACCGCUCAUGACCAUCCGCCAGUGCCUCGGUAGCCUUUUCUACGUCCACAACGAGACCGUCAAUAUCCUGACGCACGGAUUUGCUAUCCUGUACAUGUUGGUGACUGUACCACAUCUACUUCCAUGGAAUACAAAAGGGACACUCGUGGGAGUUCUUUCUUGGUGCCAUUUUAUCGGUGCUGUUAGUCCGUGGAUUGGAUCCUUCCUAUAUCAUCUCUUCAUGAACGUAAACUACGACGAAGUCCUCUACAGAACACUGUUGAAAGUCGACAUGAUUGGCAUAUGGAUGUGCCAGAGUUUCGGAGCUAUACCGAUGAUGGCAGCCGCUGUUCAUUGCCUUGCGGAUAAUGUCUGGUAUUGCUGCAUUUUUAUUUAUUGCUCUCUUAGUAUGUGGGGACUUUUGAAGGCAAUGACUGCUAAAUCACCCUGGGAAAGGCGUUUAUGUUUUGCCCCUCCUUUCCUAAUGAGAAUGUUAAUUAUGACGUUGAGAUGUUUCGGUAUUGGUGGCGGGUCACCCGAGGCUCUUAUUCAUAUAAUAUUACAGGAUCUCAUAGCUGUGAUAGGUGCAACCAUUGGCGCUCUUCGCAUUCCAGAGAAAUGGAUUCCCGGCCGAUUGGAUUUAGUGCUGAAUUCCCAUAAUGUGAUGCAUGUAAUGGUCGUCCUAGCGGUAUGUUCUAUGCAUGCCGCAACCUUAAAGGAUCUCGCCUGGAUGUCUGAUCCGUCUACGUGCAAUAAAACAAGCUCUCUUCCUUCGGAUCGCGAAGAAUUGUGAUUGAAUCAUGAAGAACGCGACGGCUUGCUGCAGUCUGUGAUAAACCGAGCCUAUAACAACUGGCGAUUAGUCGAGCGUUUCGACAUUUGAAGACCAGAAAGUGCUGAAUUCUAUAAUAUAAAUUUAAGGAUAUUGAAAAAAAAAA